GUAGUAUUAAAUAUCUUACAUAGAUGUUUACGUAUGUGAUCCGCCGAAGAAGCUGAAUUUAUCCCGAGUCUUAUAUAGCAAAGCGAGUGGUAUUAAAUUGGUAUGAAGAUCAAGUCCCAAACAUCUCACUUGAGUUUUCUCUAGAACCAUCCCUCGCCCCCCUUUACCAACAGCAUAUCAAACAACUAGUGACAAUGGGUGGCGUAGGUGCUACUGGGUCUGGCGCCGCUGAUCCUAUCAUCACUCGCCUCGCAAAUGAAGACAGUGUGAAAUGGUACCGAAAGCCGAACCUGCGGUACCUCUACUUCCUCCUCUUCCCGACAUGCAUGGGAAUCGAGUUGACGUCUGGAUUCGAUUCCCAGAUGAUCAAUGCUCUGCAGAUUGUGCCGUCGUGGGUUUCGUAUUUCGGAAAUCCCCAAGGCUCUCUUAAGGGCAUCAUCGCAGCCGCCUAUUCUCUUGGUGCAAUACUUUCGCUCCCCUUCAUUGGCGUCAUCAAUGACAAAUAUGGUCGUCGCUUGUCAAUCUUGGGAGGCUCUGCCAUUAUGGUAGUUGGGGCUUUAAUCCAAGGGUUUUCUGUGAAUGCUGGGAUGUAUAUUGUGGCUCGUCUAAUCCUAGGAUUCGGCAUUCCCACUUGUAUCGUUUCUGCCUCAUCCCUGAUCGGCGAGCUGGCGUAUCCCAAGGAGCGACCAGUCCUCACUUCGCUUUUCAACGUAGCCUACUUCGUUGGCCAGAUUACGGCUGCGGGUAUUUGCUUUGGAACCAAUAACAUAACGACGAACAUGGCCUGGAAGAUCCCAUCGUGGCUUCAGAUGUGUCCGUCAUUGGUACAAAUCGUGUUUGUCCUUUUUCUACCGGAAUCGCCGCGAUGGCUGGUCCAGAAAGACCGAGUCGAAGAGGCAUAUGAGAUUAUCGUUAAAUACCACGCCGAAGGUGACCAUGAAUCCGAGUUCGCAAAGGCAGAGUUUGCCCAGAUUCAGACGACAAUCAGUAUUGAAUUAGAACAUUCUAAGAAAUCAUGGGCAGACCUGGUGGCUACGGCGGGUAUGCGUCGCCGAAUGCUGAUCAGUUGCAUGCUCGGCCUUUUCACACAGUGGUCGGGAAAUACGCUGAUCUCAUACUAUCUUGGCGAUCUCCUCGCCAUGAUAGGGAAGAACGACUCGAUUUUCAAGCAGCAGAUUAACGUAGCUAGUUCAUGCUGGCAAUUGGUCUGCGGCACAUGCGUGGCGUUCUUGGUCACACGCUUCAAGCGUCGUCACAUGUACCUUGCCUGUACCAUCUCGCUUUUGUGCGUGUACAUCGCCUGGACAAUCAGCAUGGAGAGAGCGAUUGCCGGGAGACAGUCGGGGCAUCCUAAUGACGCGGCGAACGUGGCGACGAUAUUUUGGAUUUUUGCUUAUUCCCCAUGCUAUAACAUCGGGUACAAUGCUUUGACAUAUACUUAUUUGGUUGAACUGUGGCCAUACGCUGAGCGCUCUAGAGGUAUCGCUUUCUUCCAGCUCUUCGGUCGCUUAGCCGGUUUCUUCACUACGUUCGUAAACCCGAUCGGUCUGGCGAAUGUGAGCUGGAGGUACCUCAUCUCAUAUUGCUGCUUCCUGUCGUUUGAGAUUGCGUUCGUCUACUUUAUGUUCCCGGAGACAUUUGGCAGAACUCUGGAAGAAUUGGCUUUCCUCUUUGAGGAUAAAGCACUUGCUGAUGAAGCUGUACACGCCGUCGAGAAGGUAGUCGUGCACCAUGAUGAAAGGGACCAGGGCAACCGCAUAGCAAAUCCAGAAAUCAAGAAAGACCACGUUUAAAAAAAUGAUGACUAAAGAUGGUGAUGAGUAGGUAGAGAGUAUUGUAGGUGUCGAAGACAUAUGGAUGAAAAGGGGGGAUUGGUAGGUAUGUAGGUACCUAAGUACUGUACUUAAUUAUUGAAACUCUGGU